CAGUCAAACCGGAAGAAAAACGUAAGACGGCAGUUUGGGGGUGUAAAGUUGAUAUUUACGUCGACUCCGUUCAUAAUAUAGUAUUAUUAUACGGUGUUUUUGAGAGUCCAGAGUUUAUCCAAAAGGUGUUAUGUUUUUGUAAUGAGAUUAUUUGUCGUGUCUCGCGGAGCUGAACGAAGGCGGAAGUAAACAGAGGUAGUUCAUCUCUGUUUGCUUUAAUACUCUCCAGUUCUCCCGGUGUCAGGAUGGUCGUGCUGAAAGGAAUCCCCUCUGUCUUAUCUCCAGAACUGCUGUAUGCUCUUGCCAAAAUGGGACAUGGGGAUGAACUGGUGCUUGCAGAUGCUAAUUUUCCAUCAUCUUCUGUUUGUGCCUGUGGUCCAAAAGAGAUAAGAGCUGAUGGUUUAAGAAUCCCACAGCUUUUGGGGGCCAUUCUGAAGCUGAUGCCCUUGGACACAUAUGUCCCCUCACCGGCUGCAGUGAUGGAUCUGGUAGACAGUGACAAACAAAAAGGUUUAGCUGUUCCUGUGUGGGACACCUAUUCACAGCUCCUGAAACAGGCUGGGUCUCAGAGUCCACUCGAGAAGGUGGAGCGGUUUGCUUUCUAUGAAAGAGCUAAGAAGGCCUUUGCUGUUGUAGCAACAGGUGAAACAGCCUUGUAUGGAAAUCUGAUCCUCAAGAAAGGGGUCAUUCCUGCUGAGUUGCUGCAGUGAUACACACAAAACAAUUAACAUAAUCUCAGAAAAUGAUCUCUUUAUGGUCACACUACAGAACAUUCAUUGCCGUAUGAGAUUAAUGGCAUUCAUGAUGGUGUAAAUGAAGUGAUUAUUAAGGUAAAUUGAUUUCUGUUGUUUAUUUAUAAUAAAUAUUAUAAAUGUCA